AUGCAUUUGUCUACAAGCGCUGUCAUCCUCGGCCUCCUCGGCCUUGCAGGGGUCUCCUCGGCAUCACCAAUCACCAUUAGUUCCACACCAGCUCUGCUUGCGGUCAUCAAUGGCACAGAGCCAGUCUUCGCAAACGACACGCAACUAUUUGCGAAUGACACUCAACACAUCACGAACGACACACAUCUCACGUCUUGGAUGAUGGCCCCAAGACUAAAGCGCCGCUCGCUUCGAAAGCGGGGUCUGCCACCACGCGACAGGAAACUAGCCGAUCACAUGGAGCACUACGGCGAGGGCCUGCCAGAGUGCUACAAGAAGUGCAUGCGCUCAGAGGAUGGCAAGUCUUCUAUACAUAUGGGACAGAGCUAA